CCUGUUUUAUUGCAGAAAAAUCUUUUUUUCUAUUCGUAAAAGCACAUAGAAAAAAUGCCUUAUAGUGAAAAUUGUCUAGAACGUUUGUUGGUCUAUAUGCAACCACUUAUCUGGUAUCCCUUAAAUAAAUUCCAUGAAGAUGUUGCCGCGAUAGAAGCGCUGAGCUUUUCAAUUCCUGAGGAGAGGAAAAUGAUACGUAGGCGUAUCAGCAGAAUCGUUGGAAAUGCCGACAAAACAAGAGAAUGUCCUUUCAGAAUUGAUAAACGUUUUCCUGCAGCAACAUCUUAUGCUUACGUCUACAGCUGGGAAUAUAGUGAAAUCUUCAUCAAUAUGUACAGAAUCCUUGAUACAAAGAUAGAUACAGCUGUAGACAUGAUGUAUUUAGGUGUUCAAUACGAUCGCAAAACGGUGGAAGAACAAUCUAUCAAGGAUUACAACAAAAUAAUGGAUGCUUUUUACGAUAAUCUUUGGAAAUUGAAGAAAAAAAUAGCCUCUGGAGAACAUAUCUACACUACCCACAAAUUUGAAAAAUAUUUCAAUUUAAAAUGGGAUGAAUAAAAGAAAUUGAGUUAGUCUCUUUUUCGAAA